AUGACGAUCGAAGAACCGGUCAUUUCACCCUCUCUGGAAGAGGUAACAAAGCUCUUGCUGGGAUCAGAAAAUGGUCAAGCAAAAGGGAACAUGGUUCCGGUAUAUAUGAGCAUGCCAGCAGAUCUCAUCACACCCGUCGUCGCAUAUUUACGCUUAUCUGAUGGCGCAUCUGAAAAGAAGAGGAGUUUCUUAUGCGAAAGCGUGGAGACUGGACAGAAGAUUGGAAGGUAUAGCUUCAUUGGAGCAGAUCCAUUCAAAACCGUUCGAACGGGUCCAGGAUACGAAGUAGAAGGAGAUCCUUUACUCUCGGUCGAAAAAGAACUUUCUCCUUUCAGGUAUAUUUCAUUACCUGAUUUGCCAAAGUUCACCGGAGGUGCGAUGGGCUAUAUUGCUUACGACUGUGUCCAAUACUUUGAACCACGUACAGCACGACCUGACCUAAAGGACAACAUCAAAAUACCCGAAAGUGUGUUCAUGUAUUGCAACUCGAUUGUGAUCUUUGACCAUAUCUUUCAAUCGAUCAAAUUCGUCUCUCACGUUCAUCUACCCGACGCAUCAUCCGAUAACAAUGGCGCCUCUGCCUCUCACACGCCCGAGACAAUCGCAAAGUUGUACAAAGAAGCUGCAUUGAACGUUCAAAAGAUCAGUGAUAUUGUUCUUGGGAGUGACAAAAUCCCACUGCCUAUCCAACCUGCCGUACAGGCAUCUCAAGAGGCGGUCUCUAACGUUGGUAAAUCAGGAUAUGAAGGCUUUGUCACCUCUCUACGUAAGAAUAUCGUACAAGGUGAUAUCAUUCAAGCUGUUCCAUCCCAAAGACUUGAACGCAAAACUGCUUUGCAUCCUUUCAACGUAUAUCGUCAUUUACGUCAAAUCAACCCUAGUCCAUAUAUGUUUUAUUUGGAUACUGGUGAUGCUCAAUUGGUUGGAGCAAGUCCGGAAACGUUGUGCAAGAUUGAAGAUAACAAAGUUGCCGUUCAUGCGAUUGCAGGAACGGUCAAACGUGGUAAGACGCCAGCAGAAGAUGAAGAAAUGGCAAAUCAAUUGGCAAAUUCAACAAAAGACAGUGCUGAACAUGUGAUGUUGGUGGAUCUGGCAAGGAAUGAUAUUAGCCGAGUAUGUGAUCCACAUACGACUGAAGUGGAAACAUUUAUGCGAGUGGAAAAGUUCAGCCAUGUGAUUCACUUGACAAGCAGAAUUACGGGAAUGUUGCGAAAGGGGAAAUCAAGAUUUGAUGCUUUGCGUUCCAUCUUUCCUGCUGGAACAGUAUCUGGUGCUCCAAAGAUUCGAGCGAUCGAAUUGAUUUCCGAUUUGGAAAAAGAGAAAAGAGGUGUUUAUGCCGGUGCUGUUGGUCAUAUCGACUUUGACUCAAAAGAGAUGGACGUGUGCAUCGCCAUUCGUACAAUGACAUUCAAAAAGGAUGAUAGCAAGGAUGCCAAAGAGGGAGAUCGAAUUGUGUACUUGCAAGCAGGAGGUGGAAUUGUUUACGAUAGUGUAGAAGAGGAAGAAUACAUUGAAACGAUCAACAAGCUCGGCGCUAAUGUUCGCUGUCUUGAUCAAGCGGAGGAGUACUGGCGCAAGCAACAACAGAGGAGUGGGUGA